UCUCAUCUUAUUUCUUCUCUGCUAAAAACAUGUAGUCAUUAGGAAGGUGGAUAGGUGAGAGAUGGAGAGUGACCACUGUAAAAGAGUUCCUGAUAUUCUCUUUUCUUCUCCAUUUUAUUAGGACCAAACCUAGAGGAGAGGCCAGUUUCUCACUACAUUUCAGGGAAAUGUCCCCUGAGCUCCGCGCCGCGACGCGCACUUGCAUUCGCGCCCGGGCUCCAGGAGGCGCUUCCGUCAGACCCGGAGAAUAGGAAAGAAAGUGACGCGAAAACGCGAUUGAAUUUGGGCCCUGCCGCUGCCCGUAGUCGACGUCUCCAACAUGGCGGCUCCCCAAGAUGUACACGUACGGAUCUGUAACCAAGAGAUUGUCAAAUUCGACCUGGAGGUGAAGGCGCUCAUCCAGGAUAUUCGAAACUGUUCGGGACCCCUAAGUGCACUUACAGAACUAAAUACUAAAGUGAAAGAGAAGAUUCAACAGUUACGACACAGAGUACAGGAGCUUGAGCAGUUGGCUAAGGAGCAAGACAAGGAGUCGGAAAAACACCUUCUACUCCAGGAAGUGGAAAAUCACAAAAAACAGAUGCUCAGCAACCAGACCUCGUGGAGGAAAGCCAAUCUCACUUGCAAAAUUGCAAUUGACAAUCUAGAGAAAGCAGAGCUUCUCCAGGGAGGAGAUCCCUUAAGACAAAGGAAAACCACCAAAGAGAGCCUGGCCCAGACAUCCAGUGCCAUCACAGAGAGCCUCAUGGGGAUCAGCAGGAUGAUGUCGCAGCAGGUCCAGCAGAGCGAGGAGGCCAUGCAGACUCUAGUUAACUCUUCACGAACUAUCCUGGAUGCAAAUGAAGAAUUUAAGUCCAUGUCGGGCACCAUCCAGCUGGGCCGGAAGCUCAUCACGAAGUAUAACCGCCGAGAGCUGACAGAUAAGCUUCUUAUCUUCCUUGCUCUGGCCCUUUUUCUUGCUACUGUCCUCUAUAUUGUGAAAAAGCGCCUCUUUCCAUUUUUGUAAGAUCUGAGAGCUGCCACAUUUGGCCUCAUCAGUCCGUUUUCCAAUCGUCCAGGAUCCCGAGCUCUAGCCAGGCUGCCAGACUGAGCCACAUCCUCCACGUGUGCUCUUGUGCUCAACGAGGCAGAUGGAAGGAAACACAACUCUCAGUCUUCUGUGAGUGGAUGCCUUGCAAAGUGCAAGCGGAGCCUUGGGAGAUGAGGACCCCUACAGGACACAGGGACUCUGCACUCCCCCAGCCGCCAGCACUGGGGGUGGCUGCUGCUUGGAGCAUUUGGAGUCCAGCCCCUGAGAUUUGUUGCUCCUCUCCCUCACACAGAGGUGUAAGUUCCAGGUGUCGUGGAGGGAAGAGAGAAGAGGUGUGAAGAAGGAAGAACUCAUGGUCAUUCCUUGAAUAAACUUGACUUUAUUUAAUAAAAUAUGUUUAGUUUCACAAGA